CUAGUCGGAGGCGUUUUUCAGUUUCUUUGUUAAGAUAUUUCACAUAACCGAUAAACCAACUCUUUCGAACCUCAUAAUUGUUAGGAGCAAGUCAGCUGACUGGUGAUAAUCAUCAACGUCCCAAUCAGAGUGCAUCAUAUGCGCCACUCGAAGCGAAUGCGCUCCCCAGGUGUCUGGCUCGAUGAGUACAGUUGGGAAGAGAGAAUGGAGUGUCGCAAACGUAGGAAACGAGAUUCACACAGCAGCGAAAGAGAAAACAAAUCUAGAAGAGCUCACCAUCACCACAAGACAUAUGAGGGGCAGUACCUGGAAACUCGCAGUUUGAACCGGAGACUGGACUCUCGGGAAGGACGCAGUUUUGACAUGGCCUGUGAUGAGGACAGUCGUGACGGCACCUGCAAGGACAGAGAGCUGGACUGGCACCACUACAGCAAAUCAUCUGGGCGUAGUGGGCGCAGUGGUCGGAGUGGUCGCAGCAGGCGAAGCAGUCACAGGCACAGAGACAGAAGACGCAGACGUAGCCACUCUUGCCACAAGUCCUCCUCGAGGAGGAGUCAUCACCGCAGGAGCAGGAAAAGAUCCAGGAGUGUUGAGGAUGAUGACGAGGGUCACCUCAUCUAUCACAGUGGAGACAUGCUGAGAGCGAGAUAUGAGAUUGUGUGUACUCUAGGAGAGGGUGCCUUUGGGAAGGUCGUCGAAUGCAUUGAUCACACUAAUGAUGGAGCUCGAGUGGCUCUGAAGAUCAUUAAAAACAUAGACCGCUACCGUGAGGCAGCUAUGUCUGAGGUAGAGGUGCUUGAGCAGUUGAAGUCCCUCGAUUUGGAUAGGAGAUAUGCUUGUGUGCAAAUGCUGGACUGGUUUGACUACCACGGCCACGUUUGUAUCGCCUUUGAACUGCUUGGGCUCAGCACCUAUGAUUUCCUCAAGGAAAACAACUUCCAGCCUUUUCCCAUAGAACACAUCAGGCACAUGGCGUACCAAAUCAUUCGAGCUGUGCAAUUUCUGCACAAGAACAAGCUGACCCACACGGAUCUGAAGCCUGAGAAUAUUCUCUUCAUUGAUUCAGACUAUGAUAUGGAGUACAACCCUAACAUGAAACGGGAUGAACGAACAUUGAAGAACCCCGACGUGAAAAUUGUUGACUUUGGCAACGCCACAUAUGAACACGAGCACCACACCUCUGUGGUGUCCACACGUCAUUACCGUGCGCCUGAGGUCAUUUUAGAUCUAGGCUGGGACCAUUCCUGUGAUGUCUGGAGUGUUGGUUGUAUACUCGUUGAGUACUACCUUGGAUCUACUCUCUUCCAGACCCAUGACAGCAGAGAGCACCUUGCUAUGAUGGAGAGAGUCCUGGGCCCUAUUCCCACAAACCUCCUGCAGAAAACCAAGAAACAGCGGUAUGUUCACCGGUGCAAGCUUGACUGGGAUAUACACAGCUCUUCUGGGAGAUAUGUCAGGAAACACUGCAAACCCCUAAAGCAUUACAUGAUGUCGAAGGGCGAAGACCACCAGCAGCUGUUUGACCUGAUAGAGAAGAUGAUGGAGUAUGACCCAGCUAAGCGACUCAGUCUGGAGCAGGCCCUCCGACACCCCUUCCUCUCCUGCUACCGCAAGAGCAGCAGCAGCAGCAGUAGCAAAAGUGACCGUAGCAGCAGCAGCAGCAGAAGAAGAAGAAGCAGCAGCAGUAGCAGCAAAAAGGACUAAACUCCUGAACCUGUAAAGCUCUGACCUGUAACCUCGGUCAGGUCUCCGCUGUCAACAUGACAUUUAUUAUGGUGCUCAGUGCCAGCCUCUACUGCCUGUCUCUCCAGGAGAGGUGUAGCUCAACUGACUGUAUCAGUCCACUGCCCUGCUUUGCUGUGUCUUGUCUUAAGCCAGUGUGUUUCUUAGUCUCACUCUUCUCGACAGUUUGUUUUCAUCUGUGGCAUGUUUUGAUGUAAUGAAUCCCUCAACUGAGUUCUAUUUAUUUGCUGUUGUAAUUUAAUUUGUAGCUUCUAAGCACAUACUGGUAGAGCUGUUUUUUUUUUUUCUAUAAGUAGCCCAGUUGUGUCCAUUGUCUCUCUAUGCAUCGUUGAGUGUUGGGUAACUGAUUGAGAAAUGCCUUAUCUUGCUUCAGUCUCACCAGUAAUAAUUUAUUCAGCGUUGUUGGAUGUAAAAAAGCGAUUGCAGGCAGAAAAUCCUUGUACAUAAAAUUUGUUAAGAGAUUUUUUUUUCACCGUAUGGUUAUGCAACUUUUGCAGUAUCAUGUACAUUUUCUCAAUAAACGUGAAUAGACGACAGAA